GUCCCCCAAAGUCAAAGUUUACCACGGGCAAGAUCGGACAUGACAAUUGCUAAAGUGAGUUCAUGCGCAAUGCCGCCACUACAUCACCAAAGUGAAGUGUUCGCGGGCACACUUCUCUUAAGUGCGCUCGUGAGUAUGUUGCGCGUCGGACGCACGUCCCAGUUUUGGCACUGAUGCGAGUGUGUAGGAACCCAGCGCGUCCUCCUCUCUCUCCUCUAACCUUCUCACAGCGAGACGCACGAUUCCACAGGAUGCCUCACCAUAUGCUUCUCUUAACCACUGAGUUUGGGGUUGGGAUGUAGGCGAUCCAUCGGGCGCAGAGCGAGUUCUGGAUUUGGAUGCUUCGCUGGCACUGCUUUGCGGGUGAUGGUGAAGCGCGUCUUGCGCGCUGCCGCACGUUUCCUCGAUCUUUCCUCGGGACGUUUGGCGAAGGGAAAUGUGAAGAAGGCUUAAAGAAUGGCAUGUAAACAUGGUUUCUGCCAAGAAGGAGAUGGUGACUGCGAUGUACCCCACUUCUAUUUCCACUCUCCUCUACUUUCUCUGUGUGGCGGCUUGCAUAAAGAGAAUAUCUGGACAGAUCAGAAAGGAUGAGAAAUUAUACCCGGAAAAUUUCACGCGCAUUCUGGACCGACUCCUGGAUGGAUACGACAACAGACUCCGACCUGGAUUUGGGGGUCCAGUGACAGAAGUGAAGACCGAUAUUUACGUCACAAGUUUUGGCCCAGUUUCCGACGUGGAGAUGGAGUACACCAUGGAUGUGUUCUUCCGCCAGACGUGGGUGGAUAGGCGGUUGAAAUAUGACGGCCCAGUGGAGAUCCUCAGGCUAAAUAACCUGAUGGUGACCAAAGUCUGGACCCCUGACACGUUCUUCCGGAAUGGCAAAAGAUCAGUGGCUCACAACAUGACGGCGCCCAAUAGACUUUUCCGAAUCAUGAAGAAUGGCACCAUCCUGUACACUAUGAGAUUGACAAUAAGUGCAGAAUGCCCGAUGAGACUCGUCAAUUUCCCGAUGGAUGGCCAUUCCUGCCCUUUGAAGUUCGGCAGCUAUGCCUAUCCAAAGACUGAGAUGAUCUACACCUGGACCAAAGGCCCGCAGCAUUCUGUGGAGGUCCCACCUGAGUCGUCCAGCCUGGUCCAGUACGACCUGAUCGGACAGACUGUGUCAAGUGAGACUGUAAAAUCCAUCACAGGUGAAUAUGUGGUAAUGACGGUCUACUUCCACUUGAAACGGAAAAUGGGCUACUUCAUGAUUCAGACGUACAUCCCCUGCAUCAUGACUGUAAUCCUUUCCCAAGUGUCUUUCUGGAUAAAUAAGGAAUCCGUACCCGCCAGAACUGUCUUUGGAAUCACCACCGUGCUCACUAUGACGACCCUUAGCAUCAGCGCUCGUCACUCUCUGCCCAAGGUCUCGUAUGCCACGGCCAUGGAUUGGUUCAUCGCCGUGUGUUUUGCUUUCGUCUUCUCUGCUCUCAUCGAGUUUGCCGCCGUGAACUACUUUACCAACGCGCAGGCGGAGAGAGCCAAGAGAAAACAGGCCGCUGCAGCCAGUGCCAAGAGCUCCACACCGUCAGGCAAAGCGAAAGACACAGAGGAGGUUUUACAGCAAACCUCGGACACCAACGGCAACCUGCGAAAACGCGUCAACUCCAGCAUUCAGUCUCAACCGGACUCCAAGAAAACCCAAAGAACCGAAACAUCUAGCAAGAGCGCCACAGCCACAUCCAAACCAACUCUGACCAGCCAAUCAUCUUCCACCUCAGAGGGUACCAGCAGUUUCUCCAGUCAGUCACGUCUAAGCCCCAGUUCUGCCAGCCAGUCAAAUGCAGCCACUUCAUCCUGCGCCUCCAAGACCACACCGCCAGCCCCGCCCUCUACACCAACAGUUCCCGAGAAACCAUCGCCGGGCGCGACCCCUGGCUCCGCCUCUCUUCACCAUCUCCUUGGGCCUAAAUUAGAAAAUAUUAAAAAGAAGGAAGCCAAGGCCGCACCUCAACCUGCCGCUCCUGCGACCGGAGGAGCCAGCAAGAUCGACGAAUAUGCACGUAUUUUAUUCCCAGUGUCCUUUGGGGCAUUCAACAUGGUGUACUGGGUGGUUUACUUAUCCAAAGACACCAUGGACGCCAAGGGAGGCUAACAAGAACAGGCUUGGUUGUUUGUACCCUUUUUUUUACAACUCGCUGAACAAAUGAAGUAAAGAGCCCUCUUAAGGAUUACGUCAACUGUUCAAUUCCAAGAAAUGAAAUUCUAUUGCGGCAGAUGAGCGCACAGAAGAGAUUAUCUGGGUGAAAUAAUAUUAAAACUUUUUUGUUGUUUAUCAAAAGGGCCAUACACAAGAUUAAGCAUGUGGAUAUAUUAUAAUAAGUAAAAAAUAAUUCACUUAAAAAACAAUCCAAGCAAUCUCACAGGAAUGAAUCCUAGAUUUAUCUGUUGUCUGUUUGAAUAGCCAUAUUUCCGGUCUGUCCUAUUUAUUGCCGGACACACUGAAGAAGGAACAAUGCUACUGAAUAGAAAAACCAAUACCAGGGACGUUUAGUCUAUUUUUAUAUAGAGACACUUCCGGGAAAAAUCCUUCCUUCAUUCGAAGAACCGUUUUCGGAAAACCAACAGAUCUGAACUGAACUUGCAGAUGUCUGCCAAGAAGACAUAUUUCUGACAUAGUAUUUCUUUCAGUUGUGAUCUAAUUUUAAACCACAUCAUGGUGUAUGUAAACUAUCAGGCAUGAAUGGUAUCGAUUCUGUGUUCUCUCGCCGAGAGAAAACGUUGGAAAGGGAGCGUGUGCUGAUCAGUGAAAAACACAUAUGCAUGUCUUUUAUUUUUUAAAGAGACUAAAAGAAUUUUUGUCGUUACAAAUUAAGUCGUUAAAACACAAAUGAUGGUUUUCUCUCUUUGUUUUUGAAGUUAAAUGGCUUGUUUUUAGUUUAGUUCAACUUGGGUUUCAUUUUCAUUGUUGCAGUAUUUUUUGUCUUAUAGCUGAUACACUCUCUGCUAUAAACAAGGACGUGUGAUAUAUAGGGAAGGAGUUCCAACAAAUGAAGGCCCCCUGGAGCCUGGUGCCGUGGCAACCGCACAGGGUCCAGAUGGUUCGGGAGUCAUUUAGAACAAUAAGAGGGAUAAACGGACUGAUGUUGUCAUGGAAGAUCUGGAGGAUGACGAAAACCUCCACCAAUUCAUAUAGGGCUGUUUUUGUAUGUGUAAAUUGGAUAUAAACAGUGAUUGGUUGAGGUCUACAUUAUCCACCAAUUAUUAGUUGUCACAAAAAGUCAAUGUUAAAGGAAUAGAUCACUCAAAAAUGGUCCCGUGGAACAUAAAAGAAAAACUGCGAGUUUAUAUCUCAUAAUUCUGACUUUAUAACACGCAAUUGCAAUAUUAUAUCACACAAUUCUGACUUUAUAACUCGCAAUUGCCAAUUAUAUCUCACAACUCUGAGAAAAAAAGCUGCAAUUAUCUUUUAUUUUGUGGCAGAAACAAUCUUCCAGCUUGUUUGUCACACAAAUCUAUUGUUUGACAUAUAUAUAUAUAUAUAUAUAUAUAUAUAUAUAUAUAUAUAUAUGGUCAAAUAUGGUCAUAUGGACUACUUUUUAUAGGUGGUUGUGCAGCGAUGCCAUAGAAGAACCAUUUUAGGUUCCUGAAAGAACCUUUCGAAUUUUUUGAAUUAUGAACCUGAACCUUUUGAAUUAUUGAAACUUUUUCCACUACAAAGAAACUUUUGUGCAUUAGAAAAGUUCCUUGGAUGUUAAAAGUUCUUCAUGCCAACAAUAUUUUUUUUUUUCACUAUGUGGACAUAAGAAAGGUUGGGAAAAUCUCCUAUUGUGUUCCGCAGAAGAAAGCAAGUCAUAUGGGUUUGGAACAACAUGAAGGCAAGUUAGUUUUUGGGUGAGCUAUUUCUCUAUGGAAUUCAUGGUGAUUUGCUGUUCAGUAUUGGUGUGCUGCAGACUGCUGCACUAAUUUGAGACAUUCUUCUGAUAUUUCGGGUGAUCUUAGCAGAUUGCUUUUGAAUGGAUCCGUUCCAUCGCUAUGUUACAAUGUGACAUAAAACACACAGCAUAAUUGGCACAAAUCUGGUUGAUUUAAUCAAAUCUAUACAAAUAAUUAAAGGAUUAUUUGAUUAAUUAGAACAAAUGUGCAUGUGUAUUCUUAGACCCAAGCCUAGAAGAAUAUGAAUGUUCUGGUAUGCCUGUGUGUGUGUAUGUAUGGAGAUAGUCUCACUGGUUAGGCUCGGAUCUUAACUAUUACUCCACAUGUUAAUGAGGCAGCACAGUUCAUCUGAUGAAUCAUUAACUGCUCUCCCUCUAUCAUGCUGUUUCCAACAUAAAUGUAUAAGAAAUGCUUUCAUAUUUACUGGUCAAAGGGAGAAAAUGAAAAACUCAUUAUAAUAGGCAUAAUAUUUACUACACGUACUGCUCACAUAUUGCAUAUUGCCUAUUUAAAACAGUACAGAAGCCCUAAAAGGCCAUGCACAUGUUACAUGGUUAAGCAAGAGGUGUUCAGUUAUCAUCUCUGAAUUUGGCCUAAAUCUGGUUAUUUUGCUUUCUCAAUCAUUUUUUGUGUCACAACGCAUAUCACAUUGCAUAUUUGCAAAAACUGUUGAUUUCUUUUCAUUCUAGUUUGUUUAUUGUUAAAAAAAAUGGGAGAAAAAAAAAAAAAAAAACUAUUGAUUUCCUCCUCCUGUCAUUGGUCAAAAAACAGAUAGUACCGCCCCAAAUUCACACCAUUGGUUGAUCCAGUGUUGCUGUGUCAGGCUAGUUAAAAUUUGUGGUUGACUUUGCUACAAGUUCUUUCUACACAGUAACAGAAGGGUGAGUGUCCAAUCCCUCCUGUUCGACCCGACCGCGUGGGACUCUAACUCGGGUCCUCUGGCAUGGGAGACGGGCGCUCUAACGAGGAGGCUAGGGACAGGGCUAUCAGCAGUGUGAUGGAGUGAUCAAAAUGUCUGGCUUCCCCGGAAACUCAUUCUAGUGUGAAAUUGACUUUGUACCUUCAUCCUCCAUCACACACACAUGCUCACACACCUCGUUAACCUGCAUAAUACUGUUCUCUCUCUCUCUCUCUCCCUGACGAUGUGACCAAUUCAAAAUGACAAACGUGUUUACAUAAACAUUUAUGCCUGUGCAUUUUAGUCUGUAGUUUAGGUAAGAACUACAAACUGAACUGCAGUUUUGGGCCUGUAUUUAGGCUUAUGAUGGGAGAUGGAAGAAGUGCAUGACUGCUAACGUCCACUUUGUGUCCCUACUGGCAGUUUGCCUGAAUGCAUCUUCUGCCGAACACCACAGCUUAUCGUUCAAACACAGAAGACUCUUUUGCUCCAGUGAGCCAAACACAGGCUUUAUUAGAGCUCUUAUUUGAGACGCCCAGAGACCAGAAACGUCCUGGCCCGUACUGAGCACACCAGUACCCCUAAGAAAAGCCCAACAGUCUCAAAGAUAAAGUUCAUUUGAGGUCCAAAAAAGAACAUUUGUCUUAAAAAAAAUGGUUCUUGGGUUGCUACAUGAUCCUUUGGAGAUCUUUUCUUCUUCCUCUUCUUCUUAUAUUUCCCAUUCUGGUGAUUAUUUGUUCAAACAAGUAUGUUCAUGGUGUAAAAAUACUUAAACAAUAAACAUUAUUAUUAUAUUAUGAUUAUUAUUAUUUAAUGCUAUUUAAUUAUUUAUUUUUGCAUUACAGCAUUAAUUGUCAUGCUAAUCACAGGAAAAUCAUGAUUACAUAACUACUUUUUUUUUCUUUUGAUUUUGUGGUGAAAUGUGACCCAGACAUGUUCCUUCUUGAGAUUCACCCAGACAAGCUCUUUGAGAAACUUGUAGAAUGUUCUUCUAUGGCAUCAGACUGUAAACCCUGUAAUGGUUCUAAUUGGACGCUUUAGUGAAUACGGUGAACACAGAUCUGUGUGAGCCACGUAUGUCUAGAAAGGAAUCUUCAGCAGGCUUACUUUUUCAUUUCAGUUACUUUCUGUCUUUCUUUAAUCUGCUAAACCAUAUUGUGAUCAGUCAUUUUCUAAUUAUUGCUUAUUAUCACAAUGAAAAAUUUGUUUUAUAAGACUUUUUGGACACAGAAAGAGAAGAAGUCAUUAGUUUUGUCGUUCUAAAGGCUCCACAGAGCGGAGGAGAGUGUCUCGGGGCCAGUAGCUGUCUCGACUGAUAAACUAGAGAACAUCAUGUAUAGCAGGAGACAGAAAGACAGAGAGAUUGUGUUUAUCAUGCCCUACAGAGUUUAUCAUGUUGGCGGUGAUAAGAACAAAUAUCCAUAAUCUUCCUCUGGAUGGAGCUCAAAAAGAAGAGAGAUGUAACACAAAGAGAGGGAAGAAAACACGGCCUAACAGCUAUUGAGUGGGAAAUGGAUUUCGUUUGGAUUCAUUUGUCAGGCUCCAACCUGAAGGGGAAAAAAAUCACACCGCUUCCACUGUAUAUAACUCAUAUAAACUGAAUGUCUGUUUAUAAAAAUGAAGAAAAUAUACAAUCAGUGUUUUGUAGUGUAUAUAUUAUUAUUAUUAUUAUUAUUCUUUACUUACUG